AUGCUUGCAAACCCAGAAGUGUUCGACGUGAUCAUCGUCGGGGCGAGUUAUGCCGGCCUCUCCGCGGCCCUGACGCUCUACCGGGCUACGCACACCUGCCUGGUAUUUGAUUCGGGCGCACCCCGAAAUUCCCUCGCGCGCCAGACUCGUCUGACGUCUGGAUGGGAGGGUCAGAAUCCUGAGGCGAUGCGGACGGCAUCGCGUGCCGAGCUCCAGGAAUCGGGUCUCGUUGAAUUCGUGCAACGUCGGCUCGAGUCGGCCCAAAAAAAGAUGGACGGGUUGUUCGAGGUGCUCGACUCCCAGGGAGCAAGGUGGACGGGUCGAAAGUUUCUUUUCGCCACAGGGGCACAGGAGAUAUACCCUGCCAUCGAGGGAUACACUGAAAACUAUGGGACGUUGAUAUUCAACUGCAUGUUCUGCUUCGGCUUCGAACUACGAGGUGAUUCCUCUGCUGGAUUGCUAGCAACAGGGACUCUUGCACAUAUAGGCCAUGCUAUCACGAAUGCCCGUGACGCUCAGAAGUUUGUCGAUACUGUUACCAUCUACACCGAUGGCGAUGAGCCAUUGGCAGAUAAGCUGCGUGAAAAGUUGGAGCAUGGAUUACGUGUCGACCAUAGAAAGUUGAGGAGACUGUCCAAGCCCAAGGACAGCCAUGGGCUAGUGGUAUGGUUCGACACUGCCGAGACAGAAAUUAUAGCAUUCUUGGUACACAAGCCCGACCUGCAGGUCGAUGCUAGCCUACCUGAUCAGCUAGGCUGCGAAUAUGUCUCCGGGCUCGGGUUGAAGGUGACGCCGCCCUUCAAUUCAACCAACAUCGAAGGGGUCUUUGCAGCAGGGGACUGCUGUUCUCCUUUGAGAAACAUUCCCAAUGCUAUGAGUAUGGGAUCUUUCGCAGGUUGCGGAAUAGCAAGAACAUUGCCGGCCCGAGGGAAUCAUAGGAAUCAGGGCUUCAAGUUAGAGGGGUUCCCCGACAAACUGAAGCAAGACCAGCAUGUAUUGAAUGGCAUCAAAUGUAAAAUUGAGGCGACGGGGCAGUGA